GCGGCUCCAGUGAAACGGCGGGGCGGGACUGACUGACUGACGGGAACGAGCUCGAGCUCGAGCUUCUCCGUGGCCCCGGCGAGAGACGCUGCGCUCCCUGUCCCCCUUUCGGUGCACGGUGACUCCUGCCCGCGUCCUCUGCCGCCAUGUACCGCUACCUAGGCGAGCUGCUGGCCCGAGGGGCCGCCGCUUCCCUGACGCCCGUUGCCGAGGGCGGUGUACAGCGCCUGGGCGGCCCGGCUGCCCUGCACCAAUGCCGGCGUUACUCCAGCGAGCCACCCGCGGCCACGGCGGAUGCGGCGUGCAACCAGCAGGACGACCCCAACUUCUUCACCAUGGUGGAAGGCUUCUUCGACCGGGGGGCGAAGAUCGUGGAGGACAAGUUGGUGGAGGACCUGCGGAGCCGGGAGUCGGACGAGCAGAAGCACAAGCGGGUGCGGGGCAUCCUGAAGAUCAUCAAACCCUGCAACCACGUCCUAUCCAUCUCUUUCCCCAUCAAGAGGGACAACGGGGAGUGGGAGGUGAUCGAGGGCUACCGAGCCCAGCACAGCCAGCAUCGGAUGCCUUGCAAAGGAGGGAUCCGUUACAGCUUGGAUGUCAGUGUGGAUGAAGUCAAAGCUCUCGCCUCUCUGAUGACGUACAAAUGUGCAGUGGUCGAUGUACCCUUUGGUGGUGCUAAAGCUGGAGUAAAGAUUAACCCAAAGGUGUACUCGGAUACAGAAUUAGAAAAAAUCACAAGGAGGUUUACUAUUGAGCUGGCAAAGAAAGGAUUUAUUGGACCUGGUAUUGAUGUGCCGGCCCCUGACAUGAGCACAGGUGAGCGUGAGAUGUCUUGGAUCGCUGACACCUAUGCCACGACAAUGGGACACCAGGAUAUAAAUGCUCAUGCCUGUGUGACUGGAAAACCCAUCAGCCAAGGUGGCAUCCAUGGGCGGAUUUCAGCGACAGGACGUGGUGUGUUCCAUGGGAUUGAGAACUUCGUUAAUGAAGCGUCCUACAUGAGUGUCCUUGGAAUGACCCCAGGCUUUGGAGACAAAACGUUCGUCAUUCAGGGGUUUGGUAAUGUGGGCAUGCACUCCAUGAGAUACCUUCACCGCUAUGGAGCCAAGUGCAUAGGUGUUGGUGAGGUGGAUGGUGCCAUCUGGAAUGAUGACGGAAUUGAUCCCAAGGAACUAGAAGAUUACAAACUGGCAAAUGGAACUAUUGUUGGAUUCCCCAAAGCUCGGCCGUAUGAAGGCAAUAUCCUGGAGUCUGACUGCCACAUUCUCAUCCCUGCUGCCGGUGAGAAGCAGAUGACCAAGAACAAUGCAUGGAAAGUUAAAGCGAAGAUUAUUGCCGAGGGUGCCAAUGGGCCAAUGACUCCAGAAGCUGACAAGAUCUGCAUGGAAAGGAACAUCAUGGUUAUUCCAGAUCUAUACUUGAAUGCUGGUGGUGUCACUGUUUCCUACUUUGAGUGGCUGAAAAAUUUGAAUCAUGUCAGCUAUGGCCGUCUGACCUUCAAAUAUGAGCGCGACUCCAACUACCACCUGCUAAUGUCUGUCCAGGAAAGCUUGGAGAGGAAGUUUGGCAAACACGGUGGAACAAUACCAGUUGUCCCAACAGCGGAAUUCCAAGCCAGAAUAGCGGGUGCCUCGGAGAAGGAUAUUGUCCACUCUGGUCUUGCAUACACCAUGGAGCGCUCAGCAAAGCAAAUAAUGCGCACAGCGAUGAAAUAUAACCUGGGCCUGGAUUUGAGAACAGCUGCCUAUGUCAAUGCCAUUGAGAAAGUCUUCAAAGUGUAUAACGAAGCUGGACUGACCUUCACAUAGGGUGGAUGCCACCCGUCCUCAUCGAACCCUGCUUCUGCUCUCCCAGCCUGACAUAUCAAACGUUUGCAUAUGUCUCCUUGCUUUUUAUUUUUCCUUUUUGCCUUUUAAACCAUUGGAACACUAAUUCUCCAAUAGAAGCUGCCAGAAUUAGUCGAUAGCUUGAAUAAUCAAUUAAUGUAACCCAGGUAUCGUAAUUAAGGCUUACAGAAAAUUUUCACUAUCUCACACUGCUGGCAAGUGGGAGCCAUGUUACAUUUACUGAACAAGGAUUGUUAUUUUCCUUUGUGGCAUCCAACUAGCCAACAGAAUCUCUCUGCAGGUUCAUUUACGGCAACUAAAAAUCUUACCGAUGAGGGUGUGAACCCAUUGUGUUCUGGAGACGCUAUCUUUCUGCAGAUAAUCCCCCCCCCCCCCCCCUCGGGUGGAUUUCACCACACGUUUGGCAUCCCACCUUCUGCAUUCGACUCUUGCAAAGAUCUUCAAGUCAUUGGUAGCACACCUUCCACAGUAGCACCAGAACCCAAUGUGUACGGAGGAGCUGAACAAUAUUGCUUGUGUGCAGCAGUAUUUGCACAGAUCGGUUUUUAAAAAUUGUAUACUAAUAACUGAUAUUUAGCCAGAAUUAUUUUUAUAAUUAGCUAGGUGGUAGUGACGCAACAAUUGGCUGGUGUCGCUGGGUUUAUAAGAACUAGAAUAGGCUGGGUUCCCCAUCCCAAUUGUGCAUUGGUCCUGUUGUAAAGGUUGCCCCUUGACUUUAGCUGGUUUGGGUUACAAUCCAUUGUGGUGCUUGGAUUAGCUUGCUAACAAUUGGAGAUGUGCAUUUUAAGAGCAGCAAUUCCAACAGCUUGGGUUUCCAUAAAUUGGUCAUUUCGGGCAAGUUGGCUGACAGGAGGAGAAUGUACCAAGUAAUAUUGUCGGAUUAAGGAUCAGAUUGUUUAAAAUACAGCUGACACAUAUUGAAGGUGAAUAAUAGCAAGUCCAUUACAAAGUUGCCUUGAGAAAAGGAAUCCAGCCAAAGUGGACCCAUGAGCAGAGAUGGGAAGUUGUACAAAUAUGUACAGGGAGCUGAUUCCCAGGUUAGAACUUCCUUAUCUGCCUUGAUUUUCUUAUGCCCCUGUCCCACUUGGGAAACCUGAACGGAAACCUCUGGAGACUUUGUGCCCCACCCAAGGUUUCCGGAGGUUCCCGGAGGUUUUUGUCAGUCUCCCUACCUGCUUCCACUACCUGUAACCUCCGGCAACCACCUGCU